AACGCCCAGCCAUUAGACCCUCCUCGCUUCUGCAGCCCGGCGUUCGCCUGUCUGAAAAACGGCAGCGCUGCUGAGCACGGGGUUAGGCUGCUGCUGGGGUCUGCUAGUUGGAAUCUGUGCGGGAGGAAAGGAACCAUAAUACUGCAACCUUUAAUCCAGCAGGUUUAAGGGCCGUGUUUGCUCGCUCCUGUCGGGAUUAUGGACCCGCGGAAAGUGACCGAGUUGAAGGCUUUUGUGCAGCUGUGCACGGAUAAUCCCGCCGUGCUGCACCUGCCUGAGAUGGACUUCUUUCGGAGCUGGCUCAAGGGGCUGGGAGCCACCAUUCCAUUAGCAACCAAAAACGACGGCUCCUCAUGCAAGGGAAGCUGCCCAUGUGAUGCAGGGCCACCUCCCACAACAGCCCCGCCUCCACAGGCCGAGCCUUCCCCGCCCUCAGAGAGCGAGGAGAGUGAAUUAGAGAUUGACAUGGAAGGAGUGAUCGAGCCAGACACAGAUGAUGCUCAGGAGAUGGGAGACUAUGAAAACCUGGAGGUGACAGAGGAGAUGAUGGACCAGGCCAAUGAGAAGAAAGUGGAGGCUAUUGAAGCUCUGGGAGAAGGGGAGCUACAGAAAGCUUUGGAUUUGUUCACUGAAGCCAUCAAACUGAACCCCAGAUCAGCCAUCCUCUACGCCAAGAGAGCCAGUGUGUACAUUAAGAUGCAAAAGCCGAACGCUGCCAUCCGAGACUGUGACAGAGCCAUUGACAUCAAUCCAGACUCAGCACAGCCUUACAAGUGGAGAGGGAAAGCGCACAGGUUGCUCGGUCAUUGGGAGGAGGCAGUUAAAGAUUUGGCUACAGCCUGCAAACUGGACUAUGAUGAAGAUGCCAGUGCCAUGCUUAAGGAAGUUCAACCCAAAGCCAACAAGAUCCUGGAGCACCGGCGUAAAUACCAACGCAAACGGGAGGAGAGAGAGAUCAGAGAGAAGAAAGAAAGAGUGAAAAAAGCGAGAGAAGAGAACGAGAGACUACAGAGGGAGCAGGAAGCCAGGGAGCAGGCAGGUGGAGCACAUGGAGGAUUCCCAGGUGGCGCUGGUUUCCCUGGAGGUGCUCCAUUUGGGAUGCCUGGCCUGCAGGAGCUCUUUAACGACCCUGAAGUGCUGAUGGCCAUGAAGGACCCUGAAGUGAUGGCAGCAUUCCAGGAUGUGGCUCAGAACCCAGCCAAUAUCGCCAAGUACCAGAGCAACCCCAAAAUCAUGGCUCUUAUCAACAAACUCAGCUCUAAGUUCAGCGGCCCACAGCCCUAGAGGGCUAAAAGCAGAGGAGUGGGAUGGGUGGGGUGUGUGUUUUGAAUGAGUGUAAAGGUGAGGGGUUGUUUGCAGUGCUCUGAGGCAGAGCUCUCUCUCUAUAUCGCUCUCUCUCAUGGCUUAUUUUCUUCCUUUUUGCUGAUCUUCUAAGAGACUGACUGGAUAGGUGAGGUCAUGGUUGAAGUUGGAGUUACUGCGGUCUUGCUUAAUACCAAUCCAAUCCUUAUGUGCAGUGGAGCGGGUGUGGUAGGAUGGAGAAGUGUGUGUAGAAGCUUUGGAACGACACUAGGAAAGGACUUCGGUGUUAAUCUACACUGAUCCUGGAACAUUUUUUUUAGAACAUUAUACCUCCACUAGCACUGAGGGGCAGCCAAAGGCCCAGUCAUGGCAGGACUCUUCAAAUCUCAAUCGCAGUGUCCAGGCUAGGUCUAAUCCCAAUCCUAAACCUCUUCUACUAGUCCAGUUCUGAAAUCAUGCUUUGUAAAAUAUCCCCCAAAAUCAAACUAUUCGGCUAAUUAACAUGCGUUGAAGUGGGUGUGUCAGACCUAGUUAAGUGCUAAUGUGGGAACCACUGCCACAAACCCUUCUUUCACUUAAGCAGAGUAACCAUCGUAGAUUUGAUCUAGUGGUAGACUUGAUCUAUCCAUGCUUCACCUAUAAAUCGGUUCUUUCUUAGCUACAGUUGCAGUGUCGGCAAAAACCCUCAUGAGACGUUGUAGCUCGUCACAUUGUACGCUUUUGUUAAAAUGUGUAAAUUAUUUACAUCAAACUGCUACAGUGUUUGUUUACAUAAUGUUGACUCUUCAGUUUAAAAUGCUACGCUAACAAGAUGGGCUAUAUUAUUGUAGCUAUUCCACGCCGGAAAGAGCAACAAAUCUACUGCCAUGCUAACGAUAGCUUGAUUUAGCAACUGGAAACUACUAUGUACUCUUAAUGUAGUAUGCUUAGUGUAUUUUGAUAAACUGUAGUUGCAGGUGUGUCCUACAGUUUCUCAUUAUGGGAUUUUUGCCAUCUGUAACGCUUGUCCAACCAAGCAACAGUUGCUGCGAAAGAAUGCAUUUGUGGGCAGAGCUCGACUAGGUCAACUGGAUUGAACAUCCUUGGGAAGACAGGACAUCUAAAAGGCAACGGAUGUAACUCCCAAACUGAUAUGCUGGAGCAAAGACAGCAGGGGUGUUUGACAUGGUCCAAUCACUGAUUGAGUUACUGAAACUGCAAAUACAGAAAAUAAACCUGUUAAAUAUUGAUGCAUUGGACUUCGCACAGCUAUUAUAGGGUCAUGGGAAAGAGAACAGUUUUUGAAUUGGUCUUAUACAUGAAUACAGUGUUAUACACUGAGGGCCUCUGCUGAACUGGGCUGACUGUAAUGAUUCCUUUUUGAUUUUCAGAGGCAAAUCACUAAUUUCAAAUGAGAUUUCACAUCCCUUUUCAUCCUCAGGUCUUUGUUAAAGUUUUCUCUUUACCUGCAUUGUAAUCUAGAUCUUGUAUUUUUCUGUUAUUCUCUCCUAAACGCAAAAAAGGAAGAGAAUCAAAUGAUAAUGGUGUUUAUCCUUCAAAUCAAGGAGGAUGAGCGUCUCAAAUGGAGAUGAACAAUGAUGUCAAUCAAUAAAGGUUUUGGUUGCGGGAG